AUGCGCCAUGACGGAGUGGUUAAAGCCGUCUGCAGUCCGUUGUGGAUCCCAAGUAACGUCCCGGAUACAAAGGGCCGGGAAUUCCUCCUCACCGCCUUUGACACUGAGCCCAGCAGCAGUGUUACUCUGGAGGUCAUUCCUCAGGUACCAGACGGUGUGCUGGUAACAGCCUCGGCAGAUGUCAGCAUCGUAAUGACUUACACUAAUUUCACGGAUACCUGCCUCGCAUUGCCACGGGACGUCUUAGGUACAGAUUACUCUUUGCUGCUGGGCACGUCAGACUCCCCGGUUACAUCGAUGGUAGCCAUCGGGGCCUCCUUUACUAACACUACCGUCAACAUUUCCGGGGACGCAGCGUUGAUAUCCGGACUUUCAUCAGGGACUUACCUGGAAGACGGUGAAACUCUACAGAUUCAGCUAAGUGCUUACCAGACAUUUUUGCUGUGGGGUGGAGAGAACCCGAGUGGUCUUACUGUGACGUCAGAUCAGCCGGUGGCGGUUUGGGUUGGUCAGUUGAUGGACAACCAUAGUAAGCAAUUUGUCUCUGAGAUGGUGUUACCUGCUAAUACCUGGGGCAAAAAGUUUGUUCUCGUUCCCCCGAGCAAUGAGGCCAACUUUUCCACAAGAAUUAUCGUGAGAAGUAACAGUACUCUAACAGUCCAUUCCACUAACGGUGUUACGACACACGCUAUAACGCCUCUGACGCCACUGACGUUAUCCUUUUACCAGCAGUCAUUCGUGUACCUCAGUGCCAGUACGAGUGCCCUAGUGCUGCAGACAGGCUUGUCUCGUCCACCAGAGAGCAGUGCUACUCAGAGCCAGAUGUUUUUCGUACCGCCGGUGGAGCAAUACUUGAACCAUUAUACUUUCGCCUUGAACGAUUCGUGUAGCUGGGUUUGUCUGAGAGCGAUAAAUCCGUCGCACGAUACGGAAGGUUUCCUCCUGGAUGGUCAGAAGGUCUCUUUAAGAAAUCUUUUAUCCUUUUUUGUGGAACAAAAAAGCUAUACGAUCAUCGCGGCAGAUUCCAUAGCCACCGGUUUCCAUGAUUUGGACCAUGCCGUCCCUACUCGUUCCUUUUGUGCCUACGCCAGUUACCAAAGUGAAUAUGGUUUUCGUCCAUUAGGAAUGCGAAUGGCAAGCUUGUACGACGCCUGUUUUCCGACGCAAGCGACUGAUGGUGGACUAGGUGAUGGGCUGGAUAACGACUGUGAUGGAGCAGUUGAUGAAGAGCUGUUUAAUGAAAUAGACGAUGACAACGACGGCUUGGUGGACGAAGACACCACCGAGUACGAAUUAAAACUGGCAGUUGUGGGUUCAGAUAGCAACAGCGCCACCUCUGAUAACACAACAGAGGGCGUCGAUAGCAAUAUUAUCGCGGUGAUUGCGUCGCUUACUGUGGCCAUCGGCGCCAUACUGCUUCUGAUUGGAAGCUGCCUUCUGCAUGACUUCCUCAAGAGAAGACGCGGCAUUCGAAGCACGCGUAUCACACCGUUUGUGUCUUAG